AUGCAAAUAAAACAGAGGCCUUUUAUGGAGGAGGAGCUGAUUCGAAUUGAGGGUAAUUUAUUGAUUUUCGAUGAAGAAGUCGUCCUUCGGAGAGCGCUGAAUGCUUGGAAGAAAUGCGAUGAAAAGACUGUUUACAAUGAAAUCAUCGCGUUAACGAAUAAAAUCACGAAAAAUUACUUCGACGAGCAAAAAAAUGAGUUCAUUGCCCAUGUGGAGAAGAUCGAUGAAGAGAAAGUGGAGAAAAUCGUGGGAAUCAUUUUCGAGAGAGCAAUGGAGGAACCCGAGUUUUGCAAGCUUUAUGUGCAGCUGUGUCAGGCACAGAUCUCGGCUGAUCAUCAAAAAGCAGAGACUUCGAAAUUCGCCGAGAUUCUCAUCACGAAAACCCAGCGACUCUUCGAUUUUCUUUUUGGAGAGGAUUCGAAAAAUGAGAUCAAUGGGCCCACUCAAAUCGAGAUUCUGUUAAAAGAAAAGGAAAAAAUGGAGCAAUCAUUGAAGAGCUCGAGAUCACGGGAAUCUAGCGCCUCGCUUGCCGAGAUCGAAGUGAAAUUGAAAUGGAAACAAAAUGGGUUCAUUAAUCUCAUCGGUCAGCUGUACUUGGCGAAAAUCGUGAACCCGAGAAUCGUGAACUAUUGUUUGAAGAAAAUGAUGCAACAAUUGAAAAAGCCGACGGAGGAUGAAGAAAUCGAUUGGCGACAAGAGAAAGUUGAGAUGUCGAUUCUUGGCUUUUGCUCUCUUCUCCAACUUGUCGCCGAAGAUUUGGUCAAAAAUUCGACAACAAACGAGAUUGAGACUUUGCGAUUUUUGCUCGAUUUCUUGUAUGAGAAUCGUCAGCGCACCGUCAACCGGAUACGGUUUUCCAUUAUGGACACUCACGAGACUACUGCCCCAAUGCUUUCUAGGAUC